AGUCCGGUGUCAUUCAUUCGAUGGAGCGUGCGCAAAGCAAGCCGUUGACUUUCGUAAUACAGCAGCGUGAUGGUAAAUUUAGGUGACCUUAUUACUGCCGCGGAGAUUCACGAAGUGGUACGCAAAUCCCUUGGUGGUGCCUUCCGCGUGAUCGAUUACCGACUGGAGAAGGUAGCGGGCCAGCCUGGAUUUCUGGGGGAAUAUGCACAUCUGGUCGUAACUACUUUGCAAUCAGAAAAUGAUAUUACAGAUGAGCACAGAUAUUUUGUGAAAUGCUUGCCAUUUACUGAUGAAAAGCAGCGUAAAAUUAUCCAGGAAUUCGGUAUUUUCACCAAAGAAUGCGUCUGUUAUAGAGAACUGUUUUCCCAGUUUGAUCAAAAUCCAGAAAAGGUACUGAAAUGGAAGCCGGAGUGCUGGCUGGCCCGGGACGAUCUGAUGGUAAUGGAGGAUUUGACAGUGGCAGGAUUUCAUCCAAUGCCUUUCAAGAGACCGUUCAGUAAAGGGCACAUGAUGUUGGUAUUGGAACGCAUGGCUCAGCUGCAUGCCUGUUCAUUGGAUUUGGAGUAUAACCAUAUGAAAGGGGAAAAUCUGGGAAACAGAUUCCAAAAAAUGCUUUUCGAGACAACAUUUAUGCGGGAGAGUCCGUGGUUCGUAGCUGGCUUGAAGGGAAUCCUCAAGGUAGCGUUGAACGGAUCAAAGUACUCACAAAAUUCGGAUCACAAAUCCAUCAUCGAGACACAGAUGAUGAAAAAGAUGGACCGCAUCUUCGAACUUUCGGAACCAUCCAGCCGCUUCCAAUCAGUAGUAGUUCACAAGGACCUGUGGUACAACAACAUGAUGUUUCGAUUUGACCAAGAUCAACAGGGAAACGUCGACUAUGAUAAACCGUCGGAUUGCGUACUGAUUGAUUUCCAAAUAUCACGUUACCAGCCACCCGCCAUCGAUUUCCUCUGUGCCAUCUACUUGCUAACUCGCAGACCCCACCGAGAUCAGCUGUUCGACUUCUAUGUGAAAUACUACCACGAUCAGCUGGGGCACAGGCUGCAGAAACUCGACCUGAAAGUGGAGGACAUUCUACCACGCGAACAGUGGAUGGAGAGUUUGGAACACUACAAAUUAUUUGGGCUGCUUUGGUCGGGUGUUUUGCACGCUUACGUGAAUCUACCGGAAGGGUACAUUGCAGAACUGCAUCAAAGCGAUCCGGGAGCAUACCACGAAUUUGGGCUCGUUAGCCGGGAUGCAGUGCUGAUGAAAUUUUUCCAAUUAGAUGAGUAUUAUAGGGAAACUUUACUCGAUUCCGUUGAUGAAACUGUAGAAUAUCUGUUUGGAUUCUAAUAAAUGUCGAAUACGCUUUUA